GCGAUGGGCCACGGCCGCUCCCCGGCACCUUCUCCCCCUGCAGAUGGGGGACGCGGAGCCCGAGCUGGCAGGGGAGGACACCUGGAUCGGGGUGGUCCCGGUGCGGGAGGAGCAGGCGGAGAUCUCGAGGGGCGGCAAGGAGGAGUCCUUCACCGCCGCGGUGGUCAACAAGCAUGCUGGGCUCAACCUCCUGGCUCCUGCGUCCCCGUCUCCCCGCAGAUGAAGCGAGCCCUCGUCCUCGGAGCCUCGGCCCUGCUGAUUCUCGCGCUCAACCAGAACGCCGUCCGAGAGCUGGACGUGUCCCAGGCCCUCGCCAAGCUGGUGGUGGUGAUCCAGCCCUCGGACAACGUCACCCGGCUUCUCGGGGCUCUGCUACGGUGAGACCCCCUCUCCCCUCCCGCCCCGGCUG